AUGGGGAUUCUGAGCCACCUACCAAUCCUCCACCUCCUCUGGGCUGCUUUGGUCUUUUGUCAGUAUGAAGAUUAUGAUUUUGAGGAUGAAUAUGGUGGGGAGCCAGAUCAUCAACCUCCAUAUUAUUUCAACCCAAACGUCCAAGCUGAAGUUCCUCCUUUUCCUUUUCCAGUUCAGUGUGCCAAAGAAUGCUUUUGUCCACCAGCUUUUCCCUUAUCCAUGUACUGUGAUCACCGGAAACUCAAGACAAUACCAAACAUCCCCAGUCAUGUCCAACAACUUUAUCUGCAAAACAACAACAUUGAAGCUGUGCCUGCAGGACCAUUCACCAAUGUUACCUUUGUGAGGGAAAUUAACCUCAGCUACAACAAUAUUAAAUUCCAUAUGAUUGACCACGGUGUUUUUGCCAAACUUUCAAACUUAUUGCAACUUCAUUUACAACAUAAUGAAUUAGAAGAAUUUCCAUUCCCUCUGCCCAGCUCUCUGGAGAGGCUCCUCCUUGGUUUCAAUAAAAUUUCCCGCUUACCUGGAAAUGCAUUGGAAGGACUGCCCAACAUGACCGUGCUUGACCUGUGCAAUAACUUACUUGAUGACUCAGUAUUCAAAGAAAAACCCUUUUCAAACAUGAAAAAUUUAAUGCAGCUCAACUUAUGCAACAACAAAUUACAGACAAUGCCUCCUGACCUGCCACCAUCACUUCGACAUCUUUCUCUUGAAAAUAACUCCAUUUCUCAUAUUCCAGAAAACUAUUUCAACAGACUUCCCCAUAUCAUUGCUCUAAGAAUGUCCCACAAUAACCUGCAGAACAUUCCACACAACACCUUUAAUCUACCCAACCUUCUAGAACUUAAUCUUGGACAUAACAAGUUGAAGCAAGUGUUCUAUAUUCCAAGAAGUUUGCAGCAUUUGUACAUUGAAGACAAUGAAAUUGAAAACAUCAAUGUCACUGUGAUGUGCCCAAGUCUGGACCCACUGAACAUCAAGCAGUUAACCUACAUACGGGUGGACCAGAACAAGCUCACGAGCCCCAUCAGCACCUACGCCUUCUUCUGCUUCCCCCUCAUCAGAACCAUUUAUUAUGGAGAGCAAAAUGUCACAGUCAGCAGGCCAAGUGAGCUCAGAACACCAGUGUUCCGGCGCUUCCUAACACCAGAGGAAUUCCAGGAAGCAGAAGACAAUCAAGAAACGCUCAACCAAGAAACUGAAGAAGAUAAUGAAGCAGAAGACAGCUAUUUUCACCCUUACUAUCACUGAAGUAGUCACUGUUAAUAAGUAUAUAUGGAAACUUUUCUUUAGUCUGGGUUAUUCAUAUGUAUCCUAGCACAACUGGGUAGUUUGGGAUAUUCAAGAUGCAUCUGUAAAGUGGAGACAGGAGUUUAAAGUGGGUAAAUGUCCUA